CAUUAAAACAACAUUACUUAAUUUUUGUGAUCUUCAUUAUAAACACAGAGAAGAGGAACAUCAACCAUUGUUUUGUUCAAUUUGUCGAUAUUGUGAUCGAGAAAAAACGAGAAAACGUGAGAAUGAAUGAAAACUUGCUGAAACGGAUAAAAAAGCAGCUAAAUGCAAAAUUUUACACGAUGAACGACGCGUGGCUGCGAGAUUGCGUCACAUAUUUUAUCAGAGAUGAAAUUCAUGAAAUAACAGACAGGCACAUUCUGGAAUUUGUCGAGAGCCAGUGGCAACUGAGUGAUCUGCGGGAGAUCAACAAUGAGAAUGGUUGUUUGCCAAAGAACUUGACACAACAAGUCCACACUCAGUUGACUGGUACCUAUAUACUUCAGGUGGACAAGAUGUACGACAUAGCGAAUUCUAAGUAUAAACAACUUUGUGAAAUUCGUAAAUCAAUCAAUAGCGAGAACUUGGCGGUGACAGAAGGGGAGAAGCAAGCUGAAUGGGAGUUCAAAGCCAGAAGAAUGAUACAGCUGUGUCUCACCGAUGGAGUGCAAGAUAUCACUGCGAUAGAAUAUAUGCCGCUUAAACAGAUGACUAAUAUGUUGCUUCCUGGAUACAAAGUGAUGAUAAUUGGUCCAGUCAGUUGUAGACGUGGAGUUAUUCUCUUGGAAGAUGGCAAGUACAAGGAAAUCGGGGGGGAAGUGGAAUCUCUAUUGAAGCCCAAUGCGUUGGAGAACGUCCUGGCUAGAGCUAUUGCAGAACCAGAAAAUUCUGAUCCAUACAACGACAAUAGGCUGCCCAAAGCCAUGAAUCAGAAUAUCGAAAAUAAUUCUAGACAGUCCAGCAGCAAGGACAGUUUAUUUAAUGAUGACUUUGAGGAGAUCGUCGAUCUGGAAGCAAUGACGGCGAUCGAACGGCAAAAUCAGGAAGUUGAAAUUGUUCAAGAUUGCUCCAGAAAUAUGUAUAAUCAGAAACCAGUAAACAGACAAACGACGGAAAUUAUGGAAGAUUUAGAAGAUAUAGAUUUUGAACCCUUAGAGAAUUGGCCUAAUGAUUCCUUCACAAGAUCCGCUGUGUCUGCAUCGGAUAGAGAUCGAAUAGAAAUUGAACAAUUCCAUAACAAAGAUGAUAUAAUGAUAGUCGAAGAAGUAUCGUACUCAGCGCAUGAAUCUCGCAACAAGUCGCUACCUUCUACAAGUACUUUCAAAGAUGAAUAUGUUUCGGAAUUUCUCAAUAAUGAUUUCCAUUUCGACGUCAAUUACGAUCUCGUAAUUGACGCCGAAAAAUCACGAAGUCAACAAGAUAAGAGUCUUUUAAAAAGUGAAACCAAAGCGCAUUCCUCGUCAUUAAUGUCUAAAUCGAAAUUGCCAACUCCUGAUACCUUAAUGGAAGUUGAAAAAAAUAUUUCCACGGAAGUUUUGGCAAAACAAAAUAAAAAAUUUACAGCGAAUAGCUCGAGUGCAGUCCAGCAAACAACGAACAUCGAAACAAUCUCUAACGUUCUGAGGAUAUCAUCCGAGCCUAUCGUAGGAAAGAUACAUAAAAUAGUGAAAGCUCAAGUAAAGAGUCAUUCGACAUUGAAAAAAGAGGGUAAACACUGGGCAGUAACAGCACUGAUUGCGGAUCACACCUCCAGUAUUGAAGUCUGCUUUGAGUCUGAUGUCCUUGAGAAAUUUCUCGGAUUCACUGUACAGGAAUUUGCAAAAAAGAAACUUGCUAAGUUAGAUUCUGAAGUGAAUAAUGAACUAAGACAGAAUUUACGCAAGGCGCAAUAUCAAAUUCAAAAUCUACAUGCAUUAUUAAAAUUGGAAUUAACUUAUGAGAAAAUUCCCAAAAUCAUUGAUAUUGUGCAACAAAAAGGAGAUAUGAAAAAUAAAUAAAUAAAGUAAAUUAAUUAAACUGCAAUAUAUAAACUGCAAAAAUGUUUGAUAAUUUUAAAAACUUCAAAAAUAUUCAUUAUUUUGUAUAAAUAUUGAAUAGUAUAACUGAUAAUACUAGUAAUAAGCGCAAAAAUUGUAUUUUUAAAUUAUUUUGUAACAAAAAUAUCGUAUUUUUCAAGAAUUUAAUGUUAUAGGAUAAUUUUUUACAAUUUAUAAU